AAGCUCAUCGAGGAACGUCUUCUGCUACAGAGAAUCUACAGCAGAACAAUAAUAGCAGCCGCCACCGGCGGAGAAACGGACACAUAACAUUUACUAAACUUCACAUGUGCAGACUGUGAUCACUAUGGCCGACAAACGCAAGAAGUCGUCGUAUUACGCUAAGUGCGCUAACAAAAAAGGCAAAUUCGAUUUUUCGCUUCAUCCUGGCAUAAAGGGUUUCAUAGCUACUUGUAAUUUUCGCGAGAAGGAAUGUGUAAGGGAAACAAUCAACAUUCUGACGGAGUUUGCUGAUAAAAUUUAUGGUGAAGAUAAGUCUGUUGCAGAGAGUGCUCAACCAAAAAACAAGAAAAUAGUUUUUAAAGACUCAGGAAGUGAAAAUGAAGAGGAAAAUGAUGAUAUUGAGGCAGCCUUGGCACGAGAAGUAGACGUAUUAAAGCAGGAGCGUCAAAGGCGCCCAAGCCAACGUCGUUUCCAAGUUGUUGAAUCCGGUGCUGACAACUGUAUUUUUAUCCGUUCAACAGUUGAAGACCCAGUCCUUCUAGUUGAAACCAUCCUUAAAGAUAUUGAGGCCCAAUCAAAGCAAAAGACUAGAUUUCUGAUGCGUCUUUUACCUAUUGAAAUCACAUGCAAAGCUUGGCCCGAAGACAUCAAAGCAGCUUCAGGAAAGCUUCUAGAUAAAUAUUUUAAAGGAGACCCCAAAACUUUUUGUGUGGUUUUUAAGCGGAGGAAUAAUGGCAAUGUCGUGCGAGAAGAACUAAUUCAUGACUUAGCAAGUGACAUUAAAGUUCGUAAUCCAUUACAUCGGGCUGAUAUGAAACAACCGGACCUGACUAUAAUUGUGGAAGUCAUUAAGAAUAUUUGUUGUAUGGCUGUUGUACCCAAAUACUACCAUUACCGAAAAUACAACCUUCUUGAAGUGGCCAAGCUUAGAUGUUCAAAUUCAAAGAUUGAAGAUUCAAUCUCAAGUGAAAGUAUCUCAUGUUCUUCAGCUAAGUCCAGUGAUCCUACAGAGGUAGCUGAAUUAAAAGUUGAGCCCGAAUUGAAGUCUGAUGAUAAGACUGGUGACAAUCCAUCAAAUAUUUUGAUGAAAUCGAAUGAUUCCACAGAAGGGGAAGUCUUAAAGAGACCUGACAAGACAGAUCACGUGGAUAGCAGUGCAGAAUCAAAAGAUGCUGAAGCAACUCCAGUGGAUGCCUUAAAGAAUGCACAAAUUGAGGAGAAUGUUGAUUCUUCAAAUUCUGCUCAAGAGAAUAUGUAAUUGUCCUAUAAUUGUGAUGUUGGAUGAUGUUCACAGUAAAAUAAAAUGUACUGCUGAUAACUCUUCAGUGGGACAAAUAACAACAA